AUGUCAUCUCAUCAAACUUUCAAAAUCUUCGUCAUCAGUGGUACAGGUGCUCAAGGCAUUCCUGUCAUCAAAUCUCUCGUUGCCGAUAAAAAAUACCAAGUUCGAGUUCUUACCCGGGACACCACAUCCACUCGAGCUCAGCAACUUCUCGCUCUAGGAAAUGUAGAACUCUUCGAAGGUACAUUUGCCGAUGAAGAGAUUCUUCGUGCUGGCUACAAAGGUUGCGAUGGAGCAUUUGUUAAUAUCGAUGGAUUUAACACGGGUGAAAAAACGGAAAUGUUUUGGGCCAUUCGUUCUUAUGAACUUGCUAUUCAGGAAGGAAUUAAAUUUUUCGUCUAUGGAAAUCUAGACUAUGGAUUGAAGAAAGGUGGACGGCAGGAAAAAUAUCAUGCUGGUCAUUAUGAUGGGAAAGGAUGA